CCCUGACUGCUUCAGAGGCAGAUAUGGAGAUAACAAAGCGUAGUUAAUCACGGCUCUUGAAGUGACAAACAUAUAGUUUAAAAUUAGUGCCAGUGAGGAGAAAAUGGAUGAAACCUCGAACCUGGACUCGGAAGCCGGUGUAUCUCACAGCGAAGACAAUAAGAAUGGUCACUCCAAGGUGCUGCGGAGGCUGGAGACAGUCCCCGAUAUCAAACGAGAUACUUCUGGUGUCACCACCCAAUAUAUUGCUACUGGGAUAGUUAAUCUCGGUGCCUUUGCAUCCGGAGUGUGUGCCGCCUGGUCUUCAUCAGCCUUGCCUUUAAUGAUAUCUGGAGAGUUUGAAACCCAAGCUGGAAAUAACGGUACUUAUACCAAAAUUGUGAUAUCAGAGUCAGAAGCGUCUUGGGUGGCCUCUCUUCUUUGCUUGGGCGCAUUUUUUGGUGCUGUGCCAUCUGGUCUCAUAUCGGAAUACUUUGGAAGGAAGAAGACCUUGUUAUAUCUAGCUUUGCCUUUGGUUGUGUCAUGGAUUCUAGUAGCUUCAAGUCCAAACGUCUACGGGCUUUACGUAGGCCGUUUCGUAAGCGGCGUAGCGGUCGGCGCGUUCAGCGUAGCAAUACCGCCUUACGUAGAGGACAUAUCUGAGAAACACAUCCUGCCGGCGCUCGCUAACUUCUACCACGUGCACUUUGCGUGUGGUAUCCUAUUUGGCUAUAUAAUUGGUAUGGUCCAAAGCACAUCGUGGCUAUCAUUUCUCUGCGCCAGUAUUCCCGUGGGUUUCUUCGUAGCCUUCCUCUUCCUCCCGGAGUCACCCGCGUAUCUCAUGUCGCAAGGAAAAUUCGGCGAGGCAAAGGCCGCGUUACGGUACUUCAGGGGAAUAGAUAAUGACAUCGACGCAGAAAUAAAGUCGCUCAAGGAAUAUAUCAGGAAUUACGGCAAGAAUAAAGUGACCUUCAAGAAACUGUUCAGUACGCGAACGACUAUUAAAGCCCUGGUUGUGUCAUUCGGUCUGAUGAUAUUUCAACAGAUGAGCGGCAUAUAUCCAAUACUGUUUUUCGCUGAGAAGAUCUUCAGAAAGUUCUCUAUUUCGUUAAACCCACCUAGCGCGGCCAUAAUAUUAGGUUUCUGUCUUGUAUCGUCUACUUAUUUCUCGACCAUGUUUCUGAAGAAGGUCAGGAGGCGAGUGCUCCUGCUGAUUUCGUUCACGGCGAUGGCAUUGAGUUUGGGUACGUUGGCCAUGUAUUAUCAUUUGAAACCGUGGAAUGUCUCAACCAAUAAUACUUGGGUGCCAUUAUUCACCUUGUGUAUGUUUGUAUCUAUGUAUGCGGUAGGUGUUGGCCCGAUUCCCUGGUUGAUGUUGCGAGAAAUUUUUGCUCCCAAUGUCAGGAGACGUGCCACCGCCAUCACGGCUGGGUUUCAUUGGUUCCUAGCGUUUGGUGUGACGAAGUUGUACCACAACUUGGUGCAACUGGUCAGCCCGGGCUGGGCGUUGUGGCACUUUGCUGUUACCAGCUUAAUAGGGACAAUUUUCGUGUACUUUUUCGUCCCAGAAACUCAAGGGAGGACGUUGGAGGAGAUACAAAACGAAUUUGAUGGGAUACAUAAGAGAAAACGGCAUCGGCACGUCAUAGAAGUGGAGACGGUUGUAGAACACUGAUUUUAAGACUAAUUGCUUACUAAUUGAGAUAAAAGUAGUAUCAGUAUUUGAGUGAAAAUUCGAAAUAGUAGAGGUUUAUGUUCAAUGCUUUGAUAUUAAGAUAUAGUAUACGCUUAGAAUAUAUAUGAAUUAUUUAGGGGAUACAUUCUAAGGCGUGUAAUGGUUUCGUAAAGAUCAAGUAAUUUAUUUAUUUUCUAAGAACUAUACAAAAAAUUACAUGUAUUUUGUAUGACU